AUGAUGGUCUUACUAUUUUGGAGCUUCUUAUCUUUCGUUAACAGCUGCAAAAUAUCUUGCUAUCCAAAUUGCAUAGACAAGCCUUCAUGUGAUCUCAAAUGUGAGUGUCUUGAAGCAUCCUAUAUGACAGAAGCGUUUUCAGUAGAUUUCGAAGAUAACAAGAUUAACUUUAGAAAUGUGACUGAUGAAGAUAUCAAAUGGUUUGAAGAGAAGAUGGGCUGCAGUCUUUAUUGUUUAGAAGACUGCAACAAAGAAAAAAAACUUUUCGAUUGCUUUAAUUUCUGCGGAUGCAAAUCUUAUUUAAUUCCUACUCCACCCUCAAAUACAAGUUCAAAUGCUACAGCUUCUGAAUCAAGCUCAAAUAAUCCAAAAAAUCCUUCAGAUAGCCAAAUUGCUUCAAUUUCCACAUAUUCGAAUCCACCCGCAAUUCCAAUUCAAACUCAAGAUCAAACUGAGAUAGAUCCGGAUUGUCAAAAUUUAUGUAAUGAAUUAUGCAUGGGAAAGAAGGCAGAUCCAUGCAUUCCUCAGUGUAUUGAAAAAUUUUGUGGUGAAGAUACCGUAACUGCAGUUCAAGAGAGUUGGACAAAAACUAGCCAAAUCACUUUAGGGUGUGGAAUUGCGAUAGCUGCUAUUGUCGCAUUUAGGCAAUUAAGAACAAGAAGAAAUGAAAUUUUCAAUGGAUAUAUCAAGCUUUAA